AUGGACUUCGAGUGGCUGGAGGAUGAACACAAUGUUCUUCAUUUGAUGGCCAUAGACAUCGAUGAUCCUCGACCGGAUACGGACCAUGUACAAAGAGAACCAUCUGUAGAGCUCGGAGACCUAAGAGAGGCCUCCAUGGAACUUGGAGACCCUAUGCGAGUUUCACAGAGCGGCAUUACAUUCUUUGACUUGCCGGAGAACGUCAAGAUCAAGAUACUGGAGUAUGCUUCGCUGCUAAGGCCCUGCCCCGUCGAAUUUGGUACUGAAGGUUAUCGGUUCAACUAUCCCAAUAGCAUUCGGUCAUGCACCAACACCAACGGCGUACGUAUGUCUCGAUCGACUUACACGGAAAAAUGGCUGUCUCCUUAUCAUGAAAUCUGCGGCCAUCCUCCACUGCCUGUCGCGAUAUUCCGAGCUUCGCGAGCGGCCCGCGAGGAGAUUGCAACUCUCUUCUUCGCACGAAACCUCUUUAGCAUGACCCUCCUCGGUCGGCAAGAUUUUAACGUCUUCAAGGCGGCCACGAGAUGGGGUCUGAAGCACAUCAGACAUCUGCAUCUGAACCUGGGUUAUCCAGCAACCCGGAACCUCAAAUUAACCGGCUCAUAUCAUCGCACAAUGCUAAAAAUAUGGACUGAUUUCUGUGAUAAACUGCCGGAAAAAAUGCCCGCCCUCAGGUACUUUAGCUUGAAGUGCAAGGUCAAAGAACUAGACGUCGCCAGCCGGCUAAUGUGCAUACUGGACCCUGCCCCAGUCCUGUUACACUGCGCCUUUCAUUUUGCUGAUCACCAAGAUGAUGAUAUUCAGCGUGUAUUGAAGCGGGCUGCUUGGAGAUUGACCGGCAAUCUCAGGGAGGGGCCUCCUUUUCCCUUUAUGAAACUGCCAAAGGAAGUACAGCUCAUCAUUCUCGAACAUCUCAUAGUCGAGCGUACUGAUCCGUACUUGCCCUCCACGGAGCGCGAUCUAGCGAUGGUGGGAUUCUUGGAUCGAAAGCUUCGGCCCACGUCAAACUCGCCUCUUGUUUGCUGUGGCACUUGCUCGCCUCUCGGUGCCAGGUGCUUCUGUGAGGCUCGUCAAACCGCAUUUUCUACGAGCUGCACCUGCUUCUCCUCGCCGUUACCCUACUUCCUUGUCAGUCGCGCGUUCUAUGAGGACUGUCGUCGUCUGUUCUUCUCGAAGAACCGGUUUACAGUUGUGGAAGACGAACCUGAAUGUGUUAUGCGUUUCUUCAGCUCAAUACCUACUUCAUCUUUCAUGAACAUUCGCCAUCUAUCCUUCAAGUUUCCUCUGGUCUAUAGAUUUCCACACAAAUCCCAUCGAUACGAAGGAACUUCAUUACUCUCUUGGUCCGUUUUGCGUCGCUUCAUCCGCGAACAUUUUGACCUUUCACGCCUGUCACUGAGUAUUGUCGACCUUGGAACCAAGGGCGUCACUGCUGGUCGGAAUACUUAUAUGCGUCGCAUGCUGAAGGAUUUUGCAGAGUUGAAGGGUUUGCGCGACUUUCGUGUGUAUCUAGCUGACGACCCUUCGUUUGAGAAGGAGCUGGAGCGGGCUGUCGUCGGCAGAACAGGCGUUGGACGAUAUCGUCCAUACCCCAUGUCUGCUCGGAUCACUCAGGAGAACUUUCCAUGA